AUUUUUGGUGGAUGGUAUAAGCCAGCCAUGGAAACUGCUGCGGAGGAAAAUAGAGAACAAAGGCAAGAGAAAAAAGGCUGUUUUGAAUGUUGCAUUAAGUGCCUGGGAGGAGUUCCAUAUGCUUCACUUGUGGCAACAAUACUCUGCUUCUCUGGAGUGGCAUUGUUUUGUGGCUGUGGUCAUGUGGCUCUUGCAGGAACUAUAUCCAUCCUUGAACAGAAUUUUUCCACAAACGUGACUGACCAUGCUUUGUUAUCUGAAGUAAUAAAACUAAUGCAAUAUGUGAUCUAUGGAAUUGCGUCAUUUUUUUUCUUGUAUGGAAUCAUUCUGCUAGCAGAAGGUUUUUAUACCACAAGUGCUGUGAAGGAGCUGCAUGGUGAAUUCAAAACAACAAUCUGUGGUCGUUGCAUCAGUGGAAUGUUUGUUUUCCUCACUUAUGUUCUUGGGGUGGCCUGGCUGGGUGUUUUUGGCUUUUCUGCUGUGCCAGUCUUUAUGUUCUACAACAUGUGGUCAACUUGUGAGGUCAUCAGAUCACUCUCCGCAAACAUGACUUCAGCAGACCAGAUCUGUGUGGAUAUCCGGCAGUAUGGAAUCAUCCCUUGGAAUGCAAUCCCCGGUAAGGCAUGUGGAUCGACCUUAGCUAAUAUGUGCAGCACACCUGAGUUCUACUUGUCAUAUCACCUGUUCAUUGUGGCCUGUGCUGGAGCUGGUGCUACUGUUAUAGCCCUGCUGAUCUACAUGAUGGCUACUACAUAUAACUUUGCUGUUUUGAAGUUUAAGAGUCGGGAAGAUUGCUGCACUAAAUUCUAAAUUGUAUAAGCUGCAUUAUGUAGCUUAAAAUGCCGCUGACACCCUAGACUAAGAGUCUAGAUUUUAAAAGUUUGUUACAGUAAUUUGUAAAUAGCUUCAGUAAGCAUCUUUAAGCAUUUUAGAUUAAUACAAAUUAUUUCUUGUAUAUGAAUAACAGUGUGAAUGAGGCCUGGCUAUUUUCUAUCGUAUGAGAAUACAAUCUUAAAAUGAUGUUGUAAAUCAUCCUUUUAAAGGAAGAGGGGCUUUCAUUUAAUAUCAGGCUAUUUUUUUCCUAAUGAUUAUUUGUGAAACAAUGUUUGGAUCAAUUAAGCUCUGUAAUACAGUAAGUUAUUCUAUCACUACUGUUCACUAAUAUGAAAAUAUGCUAUACAGUAGAUAACACACAAUAUAUGAGCUUGCUUGAUAACACCCAAUAUCAUAGACAUACUAGAUAGUUGACAAAGUUCUGUUCUCAAAUCCCAUUCAACUAUCUCUUAGCAAUAUAAAAUAAAACUAGACUCUGCUUCAAAGUUGUAACUCCCAUGAAGAAGUCUUUUCUUGCUCAAUUGCUUUGACACAAUUAAACAUCAGAAUACCUGUUCAUUAGUUUAGUAUUUCAUUCGUUUAGUAUUUCAUUCAAACAUAUCCAUUCAUUUUCCAGUCAGACAUAAAGCCUACACAGUUCUUUAUCUGUAAAAUGUCUUAUUUAUGUUGCUUUUUGUGGAUUUUUUUAACCUAUGGAAAAAGCAAACUUUCCAUUUCUGAUAACUCCUCUUACCUGAUAAUUCCCAUAGUGAAACUAUUGACUAUGCAGUACCACAUACAUGCUUUUAACUCAGCAACUAGUUCUAUUUACUUCAAGAAAUACAAUGGAACAUAACCAAGUGGUCGACUGUAGAGUUUCCUUUCCUUCAGGUGGCAGGAGAUGAGAAUGGAAAGAACCAUCACAAAUUUGAGUUGCUUGGGAGGCUUCAGCAUGUAAACCUAGACAAUGUUCUCACAGCUUUUCUGUUUCUGCUCUUUCUCAUUAAUUGUUUUUCUUCCUUUUCCUUCCUAACUUUUUGCCAGCUGCUUCUUUGUUCAGCAUGCAGCAUUCUAUAUACCUUUAGAAAUAAACUUUCUUGCCUAUUUUUAAUAUAUAUUUUAGAAUAACUUGGUAUUAAUCUUACUAGCUGCCAGCUUUGCCUCUUGACAUACUCACUAGCCAUCAUGCUCACCCUUCUCUUCCAGAUCCACUUCCUCAUGAUACUAUCUUCUAACUGGGCCUACUUAAAGGAUGCAAGCAAAAUGCAGGCUUACCAGGAU